UAAAAGCAACCUAAAACGACACUCUUCUUCUAUAGGCUAUAAUAAUAUAUAAAAACCUAAUAACAUUAACACAAAACAGAGAGAGAGAGAGAGACACAGUUUUCAUCACUCACCUACCCUCUCUCUCUCUACUUGUUUGUUCUAGUUUUUCCUCCUACCUGAGACUUUGAUUUCCCUUCCAUCUCACUCUCCCUUUCUCUCUUUUUCUUUGUCUCCAAACCAAUAACAUAACCCAUUUCUUCAAAAAUCCUCUUUCAUUGCUUUAUACCCUUUUUGUUUUUAUCAAUUUCUCUCUCAAAAUUGAGAAAAAAAAAAAAAUGGAAUUUUUGAAUACCCAUUUGGCCAAAAUCGAAUCUUUCCCUGCUAGCAAACGCUUAAGCUCAUGAAAACAAUGGCUUUAGCUGCUGCUGUUGGUUACUAAACCCCAGACAAAAAAGGCAAAGCAAACCAACAAUUUUCUGAUUAUAAAUGGGUAGGAAGAAAGGAAUCCAACUGUUUGAUGAUAAACGAGAUGGGUUUUUCUCUGUUUGUGAUUUGGGUUCUCCAAGUCCAUGGAAUCUCCAAGAUGGGUCUACUUAUUUUCACCCAGGAGGCUUAUUCGCCAGCGUUGGUCAGGUCGGAAUGGGUUUCGGCGUUUCGCCGAAUCCAUCGGAUUCCCGAGACAAUGGCGGCGUGAAAGUGCCGCACAGUGAUAUGUACGCCAAGUACAUGUCAUCCAUUGAAGGAUUUCGGAUUGUCAAGGAAGAGGUGGUGGAGCUUGAGAAGAAUAAGAAGAAGGGUGGCCUCAAAUUGAAAGUUAAGGUGUCAAACCCUUCACUUAGGCGGUUGAUAAGUGGCGCUAUAGCUGGGGCAAUAUCGAGGACCGCCGUGGCGCCAUUGGAGACUAUAAGGACUCAUUUGAUGGUGGGGAGUAGUGGACAUUCUACUACUGAGGUGUUCAAUGAUAUUAUAAAGACUGAUGGGUGGCAGGGUUUGUUUAGGGGUAAUUUGGUUAAUGUCAUUCGGGUUGCGCCUAGCAAGGCCAUAGAGCUUUUUGCUUAUGAUACAGUCAACAAGAACUUGUCACCCAAACCUGGGGAACAGCCCAAACUGCCAAUUCCUGCAUCAUUAGUUGCUGGAGCCUGUGCUGGAGUUAGCUCAACUAUAUGCACAUAUCCUCUUGAGUUACUCAAGACCCGACUGACCAUAGAGAGGGGUGUUUACAAUGGUCUAUUUGAUGCAUUUUUAAAAAUAGUGAGAGAGGAGGGGCCUGCAGAACUGUACAGAGGCCUUACACCUAGUCUUAUCGGGGUAAUUCCAUAUGCUGCCACCAAUUACUAUGCCUAUGACACACUAAGGAAAGCCUAUCGUAAAAUUUUCAAGCAAGAGAAGAUUGGGAACAUUGAAACCCUUUUAAUUGGGUCAGCUGCUGGGGCUAUUUCGAGUAGCGCAACUUUCCCACUUGAGGUGGCUCGCAAGCACAUGCAGGUAGGGGCUCUCAGUGGAAGACAGGUAUACAAGAAUGUCCUCCAUGCACUUGCAAGCAUACUUGAGCAAGAAGGGAUCCAAGGUUUGUAUAGAGGGCUUGGUCCUAGCUGCAUGAAACUGGUUCCUGCCGCUGGGAUUUCUUUCAUGUGCUACGAAGCAUGCAAGAGGAUACUGGUAGAGGAUAACGAGGAAGCAUAGGAGUUUUUUCUGAAAGUAGCGAAAAUUCUCACUUUAUUUCUCUCUUGGAACAAAGGAGGAAGAGAAGAACCGACACAGGCUUUUUUUUUUUAUUUUUAAUACACUGGGUUAAAUUAUCUUGUGUUUUUAUUUUUUCUCCAAUUGGUUUUUGUUUGCUACUCAGUUCAGGGAGCCUUGUUUGUGUGAGGUUAGAACUGAUGUUUUUGGAAGUCAUUUUAAAUGGAAUUGGUUUUCCUUUUCAGAGGUUACAA